CUUGUGUUUUCACUUCCUUCUCUUCCGAGCUGUAUCCGGGUCGUUGCUUUCCCUAUUGUCUCAGGCAAUCGGCCUUGGACAGUGCAAAUUCUGGGUCUUUUGUUGCUUCUGGUGCAGGCUAAUAAAGUUUUUCUUUCUUUUCUUUUUUUCUAACAGUUUUAACGGGGGAAAUUAACUCCCCAGGGUUGCCAGGUUGGCCGCGCUGCCUGGACCGGAGGGCGCCUGUGCCCGGGGAGCACAGUGGGAAGGGGCGCGAGCGGCUGGGGCCGGUUCUGCGAGGACUAAGGGGCGGGUCGGGGGGUGGGGUGCGGGAGGGGACCACGGGGCUGCACCUGGGACGCCCGAUCCGCUCGGCGGCACCCCCGAUUUUAAAUAGCAUCUUCCGACUCGUUUCCGCGGUCUCAGUCCCCGACCUCGGCGCUGCCUGGGUCUCGCAGCCUCUCCCUAGGUCUCCUCCAAACGACCACCUCACGGAUUCCUUAUGGAUCGAAGCUCCAAGAGGAGGCAGGUGAAGCCUUUGGCAGCUUCUCUGCUAGAAGCUCUCGAUUAUGAUAGUUCAGAUGACAGUGAUUUUAAAGUUGGAGAUGCAUCAGAUUCUGAAGGGAGUGGUAAUGGAAGUGAAGACCCCUCAAAGGACAGUGGAGAAGGUUCCUGUAGUGAUUCUGAAGAAAAUAUUUUAGAGGAAGAAAUACAUGAAGAUAUUAAAGUAAAAGAAGAAGAACUUAAAAAUUCUGCAGAAGAAGAAAUACUGUCAUCAGAAAAACAGUUAAUUAAAGUGGAAAAGAAGGAAGAAGAGGAAAAUGGAGAAAGACCUAGAAAGAAAAAGGAGAAAGAGAAGGAAAAAGAAAAAGAAAAAGAGAAGGAGAAAGAAAAAGAGAAAGAGAAGGAGAGAGAGAAGGAGAAAGAAAAAGCAACAGUCUCUGAUAAUGUGGCUGCUUCUGCUGCUGCCUCCACACCAGCCACAAGCCCUCCUGCUGUUAACACAUCUCCUUCAGUCCCCACGACAGCUGCCACAGAGGAACAAGUCAGUGAGCCAAAAAAGUGGAACCUUCGUCGGAAUCGGCCACUUUUGGAUUUUGUCUCCAUGGAAGAACUGAAUGACAUGGAUGACUAUGACAGUGAAGAUGACAAUGAUUGGCGGCCUACUGUAGUAAAGAGAAAGGGAAGAUCUGCAUCUCAGAAAGAAGGAAGUGAUGGAGACAAUGAGGAUGAUGAAGAUGAGGGGAGUGGGAGUGAUGAGGAUGAGAAUGAUGAAGGCAAUGAUGAAGAUCAUAGCAGCCCAGCCAGUGACGGGGGUUGCAAGAAGAAGAAGAGUAAAGUUCUUAGCAGAAACAGUGCUGAUGAUGAGGAACUGACCAAUGAUAGCCUGACACUAUCUCAAAGCAAGAGUAAUGAGGACUCGCUGAUUCUUGAGAAGAGUCAAAACUGGAGUUCUCAAAAAAUGGACCAUAUUAUGAUUUGCUGUGUUUGUCUGGGAGAUAAUAGCGAAGAUGCUGAUGAAAUAAUUCAGUGUGACAAUUGUGGCAUUACAGUCCAUGAAGGUUGCUAUGGAGUUGAUGGAGAGAGUGACUCUAUUAUGAGUUCGGCUUCUGAAAACUCCACUGAACCAUGGUUUUGUGAUGCCUGUAAAUGUGGUGUCUCCCCCAGCUGUGAACUGUGUCCUAAUCAGGAUGGAAUCUUCAAGGAGACAGAUGCUGGCAGAUGGGUUCACAUUGUUUGUGCCCUGUAUGUUCCUGGAGUAGCAUUUGGAGAUAUUGACAAAUUACGACCAGUAACACUAACUGAAAUGAAUUAUUCCAAAUAUGGUGCCAAGGAGUGUAGCUUCUGUGAAGACGCUCGUUUUGCUAGAACUGGAGUUUGCAUUAGCUGUGAUGCAGGGAUGUGCAGAGCCUACUUCCAUGUGACUUGCGCCCAGAAGGAAGGUUUGCUUUCAGAAGCAGCAGCCGAAGAGGAUAUAGCAGAUCCAUUUUUUGCUUAUUGUAAACAACAUGCAGAUAGGUUAGACAGAAAGUGGAAGAGAAAAAACUACCUGGCUCUACAAUCCUACUGUAAAAUGUCUUUACAAGAAAGAGAGAAGCAGCUGUCACCAGAAGCACAGGCAAGAAUCAAUGCCCGGCUUCAGCAGUAUCGUGCGAAAGCAGAACUAGCUCGAUCCACCAGACCCCAGGCCUGGGUUCCAAGGGAAAAACUGCCCAGACCACUCACUAGCAGUGCUUCAGCUAUUCGUAAACUGAUGCGGAAAGCAGAACUAAUGGGGAUCAGUACAGAUAUCUUCCCAGUGGACAAUUCAGAUACUAGUUCUAGUGUGGAUGGAAGGAGAAAGCAUAAGCAACCUGCUCUCACUGCUGACUUUGUGAAUUAUUAUUUUGAAAGAAAUAUGCGCAUGAUUCAAAUUCAGGAAAAUAUGGCUGAACAAAAGAAUAUAAAGGAUAAAUUAGAGAAUGAACAAGAAAAGCUUCAUGUGGAAUAUAAUAAGCUAUGUGAAUCUUUAGAAGAACUACAAAACCUAAAUGGGAAACUUCGGAGUGAAGGACAAGGAAUAUGGGCCUUACUAGGCAGAAUCACAGGGCAGAAGUUGAACAUACCGGCAAUUUUGCGAGCACCCAAGGAGCGAAAACCAAGUAAAAAAGAAGGAGGCGCGCAAAAGAUAUCCACUCUUCCUACAGUACUUUAUAGUUGUGGAAUUUGUAAGAAGAACCAUGAUCAGCAUCUUCUUUUACUGUGUGAUACCUGUAAACUUCAUUACCAUCUUGGAUGUCUGGACCCUCCUCUUACGAGGAUGCCAAGAAAGACCAAAAACAGUUAUUGGCAGUGUUCGGAGUGUGACCAGGCUGGGAGCAGUGACAUGGAAGCAGAGAUGGCCAUGGAAACCUUACCAGAUGGGACCAAACGAUCAAGGCGGCAGAUUAAGGAACCAGUGAAAUUUGUUCCGCAGGACAUGCCUCCGGAACCCAAGAAGAUUCCAAUAAGAAACACGAGAACCAGAGGAAGAAAAAGAAGCUUCAUUCCUGAUGAAGAAAAACAUGAGGAAAGAGUUCCUAGAGAGAGAAGACAGAGGCAGUCUGUGUUACAAAAGAAGCCCAAGGCUGAAGAUUUACGAACUGAGUGUGCAACCUGCAAGGGAACGGGAGACAAUGAAAAUCUGGUCAGAUACCCUUCAUGAGACCCAACUCUGCCACAGCUCAUCCUCGGAGGCAAUCCUGGAAACCUCUUUUAUAAGUGUGAUUUUAAAAAUGUGGAUAACACUGUCAAUAGAGUACAUAAAGUAAAGGAGAACAGCUAUCUUGUCCUUCCCAUAAGCUUAUCGCAGCAAAAAGUUGCCUUUGCUUGUCAGGUUUGGAUAGAAUGUAACUGAUUGGUUUGUUACUUGGACUAACAAGGCACUUAAUUCACCUGUGCGGAUUUUUUCUUUUCUUUUUUUGCACUAAUCAGAAAUAUUUGAUAUGUGCAUUGUUGAAAAGUAAUAGAUAAUGUCUUGUUGGAAUUGUCCUAUUAAGUAAUGUUUUUCCCUCAUGCUUCUUUGGCAAAUGAUGAUACACAGUAUUUGGACUUGCUGAAGAGUUGUGGAAGCCUAUGGGACUUAAAUGCAAUGUGCUAUUAUCGCUGUUGUUGAACAAUACCAGUAACAAACAAGAAAGACAAUGCAUUCCAUUAGUCUGCUAUCCUGUUCCAUUCAACUAAAUACUAUUCAUAUAUUAAUUGCUGCAUUGAGAAACAACUAUAGACUCUUACAUUAAACAUUUCUAUUUAUAAUAUUCAGUAGAAGUGAAAGAUUUGUAAAGCAUAUGUAUUCUAGGUUUGGCUCAUUAGUCCUUGUGUGAAAGCACUAAAAUUAUAAGCAUGAAAUUUUUAGCGCUUCAGAUGUUAAGCUCCUAAGUAAGAGUAUAUCUGUGUUGAUCUCUAGAUAUUUUUUAGUAAUUCUCAAACUUAUUCAGUCUUUGAUUUAAUACAGACUUUCUGUGUUCAGUAUAAUUUUUUUUCUUCAACCUUAAGGAUGAGGUUAAGAAAUAAGGAGGGAUAUACAAAGUUAUUUCCUAUACAACCCGCCAGCUGAAAGAUCUCCAUCAACAUCUUUACCUUUCCAGAGGUUUACAGAAUUAAAAUUUGAUCUUCAAGCUUUAAUGAUCGAGUUUUAAGUCAACUACAGACAUAUGUUGAAUAUUUCAUCACUCCAUCUUGAACUGAUUUAGAAAAGACUUUUUGCUGAAAUUGAAAUGCACAUAUACAUGUAAAUUCUCAACUGGUUUCUUGGAAUUUCCUGAUUUGUAAAUGUGGUUUUGGACAUCU